AUGUGGCUGAUCCGCGAGGGGCUCGGCCCAGGCGAGGGGAGGCACUGCCCGGUUGGCGUUCUGGGCUUCUCGGCUGGUGGCCACCUCGCUUCCUGGGGGGCUACUACGUUCGACGGGUCGCUGCGACCAGACUUUCACAUGCUGAUCUAUGCCACGACCAACGUAGAGACGCCAGUGUGGGACCCGUGGAAGGCGCGCUUCGGCUACCCUGGCACGGAGGCCAACACGGUGCCGAAGGUGAGCGGGCGAACGCCCCCUCUGUUCGCGGCGGUGAGCACCGAGGAUGAUAUCACGUCGUACGAGGAAAAUACCGCGCCGUACGUGGCGGCUUGCAAGUCUGCUGGGGUGCCAACGGAGCUCGUGCUGGCCAGCAUGGGGAAGCAUGGCCAUCCGAUGGUGGACGCCUGGACCAAGCCGUGUGAAAGCUGGCUUCGAAGGGGAGGCUGGAUCAUUUGA